GCGAAGGAGGAGGGGAAGAGGUGCCUGCCACAAACUAGACAGGAGCUUAUCUGGAGGAGCCUCCAUCUCCACCGGCGCUGAGCUGAGCGCUGGCAGAGGCGAGAGACCGGGGGAGAACUCUGUCGUCGCUGCAGCCCAGGUGGAAGCAAAAAUCUCGGCCCGUGUGUGCGCUGGGAGCAGGAGGGGGAAGCUGUGCGCCUCCGCACCCCCUUUUUUUCCCCCCCUGAGGUGGGCUCAGGAGCGGACUUCGCUUCUCGGACAGCAGUAGCCGCGGUGGGGGGCACUGGGAUGUGAGCGGGGACCCCAGCGAGGAGGAAGGUCGCCAGGAGGCUUCCCGGGGAGCUCCUGCCACACACCGCGCAAGGAGACCAUCAUUAUUAAAGCUGUCCGCUCCAGUCAAAGUCUCUCUUGGAAGUUUCAAAGGCCUACCUUUUUCUUCCUGAAAAACCCAAACUGUGAUGUUUUGACUUUAAAAACAAAACAAAACUGGUAAACAGAUGUGGACUUCAGCUAGAAUGAGCAAUGCAAAGAACUGGCUUGGGCUUGGUGUGUCCUUAUAUUUUUGGGGACUGAUGGACUUUACUACACUUGCACUGUCUGGGAGUGCCAGGCCACUCACCAAAAGCCAGGAAGAUAACCUGUCGGACAAGCUGCUACUGCAUCAGCGAAUGAAGAGGAGCUGGGUAUGGAACCAGUUUUUUGUUCUUGAAGAAUACACUGGAACCGAUCCUCUCUAUGUUGGCAAGCUCCAUUCCGAUAUGGACAGAGGAGAUGGAUCAAUCAAGUACAUUCUCUCAGGAGAAGGAGCUGGUAUUGUAUUUACAAUCGAUGAUACCACUGGAGACAUUCAUGCCAUUCAGAGAUUGGACCGAGAGGAGAGAUCCCAGUAUACCCUGAGGGCUCAGGCUCUGGACAGACAGACAGGCAGUCCAAUGGAACCAGAAUCAGAGUUUAUCAUCAAAAUCCAAGACAUCAAUGACAAUGAACCCAAGUUCCUGGAUGGACCUUACGUAGCCUCAGUUCCAGAAAUGUCACCAGUAGGCACCUCUAUUAUCCAAGUGACAGCAACAGAUGCUGAUGAUCCAACCUAUGGAAACAGUGCCAGAGUAGUCUACAGUAUUCUCCAGGGGCAACCAUAUUUCUCUGUGGACUCCAGAACAGGUUUAAUUAGGACAGCUCUAAUGAACAUGGACAGAGAAGCAAAAGACUAUUAUGAAGUGAUUAUCCAAGCCAAGGAUAUGGGUGGACAGCUGGGCGGAUUAGCUGGGACAACCACAGUCAACAUCACCCUCUCUGAUGUCAAUGACAAUCCACCCAGAUUUCCACAGAAACAUUAUCAGAUGAGUGUGCUUGAGUCCGCUCCAGUCAGCUCCACUGUGGGCCGUGUUGUUGCUAAAGACCUGGAUGAAGGCAUUAAUGCUGAAAUGAAAUACAGCUUUAUAGAUGGAGAUGGACUGGAUGUCUUUGACAUUAACACUGAUCCUAAUUACCAAGUUGGCAUCAUAACUGUGAGAAAGCCCUUAAGUUUUGAGAGCAAGAAAAGUUACACUUUAAAAGUAGAGGGCACCAAUCCCCACCUGGAAAUGCGUUUCCUGAACCUGGGCCCCUUCCGCGACACCACGACUGUGCACAUCAGCGUGGAGGAUGUGGACGAGCCACCAGUCUUUGAGCCUAGCUUCUACUUCGUGGAAGUGCCUGAGGAUGUGGAGAUUGGAACCACCAUACAAAUUAUUUCUGCCAGGGACCCUGAUGUGACCAACAACUUAAUCAGAUAUUCAAUUGAUAGAAGCAGUGAUCCCGGGAGGUUCUUUUACGUCGACAUUGCAACAGGAGCUCUGAUGACUGCAAGACCUCUUGACCGGGAAGACCUUUCUUGGCACAAUAUCACUGUGCUGGCUGUGGAGCUGAACAGUCCCUCACAGGUUGGCAGUGUAUCAGUCACAGUAAAAGUCCUGGAUGUGAAUGAUAAUGCUCCUCAGUUUUCCAGGUUCUAUGAAGCUUUUGUGUGUGAAAAUGCAAAAGCUGGACAGCUGAUUCAGACAGUGAGUGCAGUAGACCAGGAUGACCCACAAGAGGGUCAGCACUUCUACUACAGCUUGGCUCCUGAGGCUGCUAACAACCCAAACUUCACUUUAAGGGACAAUCAAGACAACACCGCCUGGAUUUUAACCAGGAGAUCUGGCUUCCGACAGCAUGAGCAGAACAUCUUUUAUCUUCCCAUCCUGAUCACCGAUAACGGGCGCCCCAUGUUGAGCAGUACUGGCACGCUGACCGUGCAUGUAUGCAGUUGUGAUGAUGAUGGUGUGGUGAUGUCUUGCAAUGCAGAGGCCUAUAUACUCCCUGUCAGCCUGAGCAGAGGAGCACUCAUUGCAAUCCUAGCCUGCAUCUUUGUCUUGUUAGUGCUCGUGCUGCUCAUCUUAUCCAUGAGGCGGCAUAGGAAGCAGCCUUACAUCAUUGAUGAAGAAGAGAAUAUCCACGAGAAUAUCGUCAGGUAUGAUGAUGAAGGGGGCGGGGAGGAAGACACUGAGGCCUUUGACAUUGCUGCCAUGUGGAAUCCCCGGGAGGCCCAGCUAGUGGUGAAAAGCAGGCAGGACAUGCUGCCUGAAAUAGCAAGCCUCUCCCGAUACGUGUCUCAGACGUGCAUAACGGACAACAAUGUUCACAACUAUGUGCUGGCCAAGCUGUAUGAAGCUGACAGGGACCUCUGGGCUCCUCCUUUUGACUCCCUCCAAACAUACACAUUUGAAGGGAAUGGCUCAGUGGCAGAGUCACUCAGUUCAUUACAGUCUGUCACUACAGACUCAGACCAGAGCUAUGACUACCUGACAGACUGGGGACCUCGCUUUAAAAAGCUGGCUGAGAUGUACGGCAUCACAGAGGGCAAUGGGGCUCUGUGAUAACGAGUGAGGAGCAGAGUGUUUUCUACACAACACAAACGUCCUAAUCUAGAUCUGUUCUCAUCAGAAGCUUGUAUGGACAUAGGGCGAGACCGCCUGAAAUAGCAGUAUGGUGCUUGAAUGAGAAUGGGGGAGAAGGGUGCAAACAAAGCUCUCUCUCUCUGGCUCAGCUUUACUCAGUUAAAUUAAGUUACAUUUUUAAACAAUGGAGAACAAAAAGGAAAGUAUUUCCUGAUUUUUAUAGCUACAUUUGAAAGCUUCGUUCCUGGAAUAUAAUAUUACUCUGUUUUUUUACAUGGCAGCUUAUGGAGUUCUUUGCAUCUGUAUAUGAAGAUGCUUAGGGUCCAAUAGUAAUCUUCAGCUCACAGGGAAAUUGCCAGUAAAAGAGGAUCCCCAAUUGGUUAUUUCCCCCCAUUGCUUGCUAACAAAACAGAAAGCAGAAAACUGAAACUGGAAUCGUGAGGAGUGUUCAUUAUAAAAAUCAGCCUUCUUCUUUUGUUGCUAAGAGUCCUUUUAACCCUUGAAAAACAAGCCUGACUUUUUCCAUGUUGCUCAGAGGAGAGGGCUUGGAAAGACCUUCGGAUUUAUGCUCUAGUUUAAUGGCCGAUACGUGAGUCACUGAGGUUAAAUACUAAUCCACCCCCUGUCAAGUUAGUGUAAAUUUAUUUUCCUCUCAGCUCUUUAAAAUGUUGGCACUGUGGAACUGUUCAGAACAAAACCACAAAAUCUGCCUCUUUUGCACUCUAGAUGUCUCUUCCAUGUGCCAUAUGUGAUGGUUAGAUGCUAGCAAUGAAAGCCAAAUAAAAAAAAAAUUAUAAAUACAUGGGUUAGAGGGGCUUUCCUCAUCUGUGAGAGGUCAGUCCAAGGAAUGUUUACAUACUGUAGAUAACCUACUUGAACAAAUGCAGUAUUAUAGAAGAAUAAACGGAUGUAAGAAAAUUACAUGUAUAAGUUUUGUAUAUUUGUUAAUAAUUUUGGUAAUAAAUAUCAUGUACUGCAUACAGUACAGUACCUUAGCACCUCUUUUAAU